AUAUGGCAGCUCCUCACAAUCAUAUGUUUUGAGUAGCCAAAUCAACAAUAGGAAGAAGAAGCAACUGAGGAACGCCUACAACCAAUUCACAAAGAAUUAUUUAUCAUCAGUAUGCUAUCCCAAUAUAUGGAGGAAUUUGAACAGGAACCCUUCGAGGUGGGCGAAUUUAUUGAACGUCUUACAUGGCGCACCAACAAUGAGCUUCAAAACACCGAGGACUUUAGUCCUGUAGCCCUACACGAUACUUUCAUACAGACUAUUAAGGACCUAAAGAUUCUCCAGGAGAAACAGCAAAGCAAGUGUGAGAGGCUGGAGGAAUCUUUGCGCCAGGAGAAGGAGACACACGCCAAGAAGAUAGCCAAGUUGCAAGAACGCCACCAAACGGCUAUAGACUGGUUCAGCCAGCUUGAUGAGAAGAUCAAUUCGGUGGCAGGGAAGAUCAUGCACCUCGGCGAGCAGCUUGAGAAUGUGAACACACCCAGAAGCCGCUCCGUUGAAGCCCAGAAACUCCUCAAUUUUAUGGCAGAGUUUCUGGCUGCCGGACCUGUGAUUGUCAACGACAUUUUUGCCGAUGCCGCCCGCUUAAGUGAGGCGGCGGAUGUUAUCCAAAAACUAUAUGCAAUCUCUCAAGAUCUGCCACCUGGAAACUUUGCUGAGUCAAAGCGAAAAAUUGAAAAAAAAUACGAUGAGGUUGAGAGGCGACUAAUCGAAGAAUUUGCGACUGCCCAGAAGAGCGAAGACAUCGAUCGCAUGAAAACCCUAGCCCAGAUCCUAUCCCAGUUCAAGGGAUACACCCAGUGCGUAGAUGCCUACAUCGAGCAGAGUCAAAUGCAGCCGUACAGUGGGAAGGAUAUCUUCAUUGGCAUAGUGCCAUUGUGCAAGCACCACUACGAGAUCAUCCAGAAAGUAUUCGCCAAUCCCCAGCAGGUCAUGUCCAAGUUUAUACUGAACAUCUAUCAACUGAAACUGCACCAGUAUGCGAUGACCAAGCUGGAAGACAAAAAAGACGAGGAGAAGUACUUGCGCACGCUUUACGAACUAUAUUCACGCACUUUGAAGCUAUCUACAGACCUGCAAGUCUACAUGUCCACCAUCGACGACGAUUUACUGCAAAAGUUGACUCAGCAGAUUUUCAUUAAACACCUGGCCGGAUAUACUGAGAUGGAAACCAAGUGCCUUACUGCCAAAUGCUCCUCAGAGCUGGAAAAGUUCUAUGCCAGCAAGAAACACCAGAAGACCCAGACUACCAAGGGAUUCCGUCGUAACAUGGAAGUGCUGAUUGCUACCAGGGCCAACAUAAACAUAGCCGCCAUUGAAGAUUACGGCGGGGAGACAUUCCUUUCCGAGGAACUGGCCAUCAACAUGCUGCAGGAGGCCAAGGCCUCGCUAAAGCGCUGCCGCCUUUUGUCUAGCGAGGCUGACUUGCCCAGCAAUGCCAUCAGGUUGAACGACAUCCUUCUUCGAUUUUUGAUGCACGAGCAUGUGGAUUAUGCUCUGGAAGUGGGACUGCAGGCAGUGCCCCUGGCCGAGGGAAGAAUAUUUCCUCAGCUGUACUUUUUCGAUGUGGUGCAAAAGACAAACAUCAUUGUGCAUCUACUUGAUAAAUUGUGCAAUACUUCCGUGAUUCCCUGCGUGAGUAAUACACCAAAGUAUUCAGACUAUGUGUUCAAAAAACGAAUUUUAAUGGAUCAAAUUGAGACAAAAUUAGACCAGGGGUUGGAUCGCUCCAUUAGCGCAGUUAUUGGCUGGGUCAAGGUCUAUCUUCAGUAUGAACAAAAGAAAACAGACUACAAGCCGGAGACUGAUGUGGACACCAUAUCCUCAGCCGCCUGCCUGCAAGUUGUGCAAAGUCUACAGCCCGUGAUUGUGCAAAUAAAAAAGUGCGUCGAUGGCGAGAAUCUUCAAAAUGUGCUUACUGAAUUUGGAACCCGAUUGCAUCGAGUUAUUUACGAUCAUCUGCAAACUAUGCAGUUCAAUACAGCGGGAGCCAUGUGCGCCAUUUGCGAUGUCAACGAAUAUCGCAAGUGCAUCCGCGAUCUGGACAGUCCAUUGGUGACUCAGCUCUUUGAUAUACUUCAUGCCUUGUGCAACCUGUUGCUGGUUAAGCCUCAGAACCUGCAAGAGGUUUGCACAGGUGAUACUUUGAAUUAUCUGGACAAGUCCGUGGUGAGGCAAUUCAUUCAGCUGCGCACUGAUUUUCGAAUCAUCAAGAAUACCAACUAUCUGAAGGGGAUUAUUGAGUAAUAAGUUCGAGUGCCCGAAUGAGUCACAUUCCGAAAUUUUCCACCUCGUUCGGAGCUGUCUGAUCUUGCUAUUGAUAUACUACUGGGACAUUAUCUAAUAAGAUUUAAUUGCGGUUCACUCUGUUCUUUAACUUUCAAUUAAACUCGAGUGGCUGUUUCAUUUUAUCUACACAGAGCCUUAGGCACCUGA